AUGCUCGCAGUCGCAUCUUCUUUCUUCUUCCUCUUGCCAGAUCCCUCCACCGACUACUACCUGACACAGAGCCAAGGUCUGACGAACGAUGUUGCCUUGGCCGAUCACGUGAUCACCACGACUGGUCAGCUGCUUCUGCUUGACAACUCGCAGACGAGCACUAGCAACACCAGAACGAGCCCCGGAGCAAAUGCUGUCGGGCUACCAUCGCAGAUGGUCGGCUCGAUGAAUGAGACACUCUUCUCUGACGCCCACAGGAUGACGAGUGGCGAGAUUGCCGACGUCGGGAUUCCUGGUACCUCGGCCUGCCUGUCUCUCGUCAAUCAGCCGCUUGUCUUGAUCGACGAGACCGAGAAGACGUCAGGACUGGCCUCGACCCAAUCGCAUCCACUUCAUCCACAGCACCAGCAAUCUGUGUUGCCUGGGCAACCGAAUCUGGGCCUCCAGACGACGACGACGUCGACGACAACCGCAACGACGACGACGAUGGUAAGGCUGCGGGUUCGGGAACACGAGAACCCAUAUUCAACAGACUCUGGCGUCUACAUGACCCGACUUGCUGGAGCCGGUGGUAUUGGGUCUUCUCUCACUCCAGGACCGUACACGGCGGCUCUGACAUCGGCGGCGACGGCUUUCAGUCUUCCGUUUCCGUCACGUCGGACAGGCGAGGCUGUGGCCUGCGCCGACGUGGACGAGUUGCCUGGCAAAGUUGAGAGAGCGACGAAGCCAGAGAAUGACGGCUUUGCUGGUUCCGGUUUUGCCGGCGUCAACGCAGAAACGAGACUGUUCGAGAAACAGGAUCUGUUCGCCCAUGAAAUGACCAGCACAACACUGGCCUCGGCGGCCGGAGAGCGCAGUCUGGCAUACGCAGUGCAGGGUGUGUCGGCAGGUGAAGGGGAGCCGAGACUGUACGGUCGACUGAAAGAGGGUCACGGCAAGUCAGCCGUCAACGAAUGGCUGAUCUAUGGCAAGGUGAUUGUGGACGAUAAGGGCCUGCAGAACAUGAGCAUUCGCGAGCUGAAUACUCUACUUAAAAUAUAA